AUGCCAAAGCACGCGCUCAGCUUCAAGCACCUAAUAGCCACCAGUUCAAAGCAGCAGCAGCACCGCCCAGCUCCCGAGCGAUCCGUAAACGACCUUUUAUCGUCGUCACGCCGUGCCCAGCCGCAGCAGCACGAGGCGCAGGACGACGCCGCUGGGCGGCAGCUGCCCCCGCAUCUGAGGGGACAGCGGGUAUGGGCGCCGAGCGCGGUCGACCCCGCGCUGGAGAUUGACAGUGGCGCUGUCCAUCCGGGUGAGCUCUUACGGCGAGCUGAGCAAGCGCAUCGAGCAGCCGCGAGGUCCGUUGCUGGACCAGCACCACCGCCAUCAUGGCGCCCAUCAACGGCCAAGCCAAGCGAAACCGGUCCACCUGCCCCGCCAGAUAGGCGCGCGACGACGUACGACCUGCUAUCGGCGGCUGCGGUGCUCGGCGAUAACGCCGCCUCGCCGUGGCCGCUGAAAGGCGCGCCACGCCUCGUCGACUGCUGCGUCGGACUCGUGCUCAAGCUCUUGCAUAGCACCGAAGUGAUCGCCGACGAAGACGGCGCAGGGAGAAUGACCCUCGGAGACGCCGUUCUCGAGACGACGCGCGAGCUCGACCUCCGCCUGCGCUAUCUCGUCAUCCGGCGAGCGGCGCUCCUCCCGCACGGCGAUCCGCAGCGGCUUGCGGACCGCCAGAUCCGCGGGCUGCUCGAAUAUGACGCGGGUGCAAGGGCAUCAGUGCAGCAGCAGGUCGUCGAGGAUGAUGACGAUUGGGAUGCGUUGGGUGACACCGACGCCCUCCCGCACCUCGCGCUCACCACCCACCCAUCCCCGAUCCCGCUGCUGCGCGACGUGCCGCGCAUGCAAGCGCUGGCACUGACAUCCCUCGACCUUGCGUACUGCACCCUCCCGGCCGACCUGGAUCGCCUGGUCGCUGUUCUCCCGUCUGGCCUGAGGACACUCGGCCUGCGCGGGGUGCGCGCGCCGAAGCCUUCAGACGUCACCAACCUCUGGGUGCACGGUAUGAACAGCCUCGGGCGCAAGCUCAUCGUGCUGAGGACCCUCGACCUCUCAGAGUUCCCUGCGACGUCCGCUGCCCUCCUCACACUCCUCAAGGCACUUCUUCAGCCUGUAGGGACCCACCUGCCGUCCCUCCGCGUCCUGGGGCUCGCUGGUGUUCUUGAUCAAGACGAGAGCAACGCAACGAGAAUGGUCACAAAGCGCGCCGUGUCAGAGAUCCUGAAGAGUGACGGCGAGCGUACACAUUGGGUCGAGGUGUUGUGGGAGUAAUUGGGAGCCGGUGUGGAGCCCAGCCGCCAACUAGGGGCCCUGGCACACACACCCCAUCGACCCAAACGGAAUAGCAUAGACAGUUAGAUCAUUCAUUG